CCUGGCCGGCUCCAACCCCAUAAAUACCCGUGGGCCAGAGGGAGGGCUGCACACGGGCUGGCACACACCAUGGGUCACCUGGGGCUGGUCGUCUUGGGCCUCACCUGCUGCUGGGCAGCCGUGAGCGCGGCCAAGCUGGGCGCAGUGUACACGGAAGGAGGUUUCGUGGAAGGUGUCAACAAGAAGCUUGGCCUCUUUGGCGACUAUGUGGACAUCUUCAAGGGCAUCCCCUUUGCUGCACCCCCAAAGGCCCUGGAGAACCCCCAGCGGCACCCCGGCUGGCAAGGAACCCUGAAGGCCAAGGACUUCAAGAAGCGGUGCCUGCAGGCCACCAUCACCCAGGACAACACCUACGGGGCAGAGGACUGCCUCUACCUCAAUAUCUGGGUUCCCCAGGGCAAGAAGGAAGUCUCCCGAAACCUGCCUGUCAUGAUCUGGAUCUAUGGAGGCGCGUUCCUCAUGGGAUCCGGCCACGGGGCCAACUUUCUCAGCAACUACCUGUAUGACGGGGAGGAGAUCGCCACGCGAGGCAACGUCAUUGUGGUCACCUUCAACUACCGCGUCGGGCCCCUGGGCUUCCUCAGCACUGGGGACGCCAACCUGCCAGGUAACUUUGGCCUUCGGGAUCAGCACAUGGCCAUCGCUUGGGUGAAGAGGAACAUCGCAGCCUUCGGGGGGGACCCCGACAACAUCACUAUCUUUGGGGAGUCAGCUGGAGGCGCCAGCGUUUCUCUACAGACCCUCUCUCCCUACAACAAGGGCCUCAUCCGCCGAGCCAUCAGCCAGAGUGGCGUGGCCCUGUGCCCGUGGGCCAUCCAGAGGAACCCCCUUUUCUGGGCCAAAAGGAUCGCUGAGAAGGUGGGCUGCCCCUUGGACGAUACCGCCAGGAUGGCCAAGUGUCUGAAGGUUACCGACCCCCGCGCCCUGACGCUGGCCUACAAGAUGCCCCUGGCCGGCAUGGAGUAUCCCAUGCUGCACUAUCUGGGCUUCCUCCCUGUUGUCGACGGAGACUUCAUCCCCGAUGACCCCGUCAACCUGUACGCCAACACGGCCGACAUUGACUACAUAGCGGGCACCAACAACAUGGACGGCCACAUCUUUGCUGGCAUCGACGUGCCCGCCAUCAACAAGAACAACCAGGAGGUCACGGAAGAGGACUUCUACAAGCUGGUCAGCGGGCUCACCAUCACCAAGGGGCUUAGGGGUGCCAACACCACCUUUGACAUCUACACUGAGCCCUGGGCCCUCGACGCAUCCCAAGAGACCAAGAAGAAGACCGUGGUGGACUUGGAGACUGACAUCCUCUUCCUGGUGCCCACCGAGAUUGCCGUGGCCCAGCACAGAGCCAAUGCCAAGAGCGCCAAAACCUACACCUACAUGUUCUCCCACCCCUCUCGGAUGCCCACCUACCCCAAAUGGGUGGGGGCUGACCACGCAGAUGACCUCCAGUAUGUCUUUGGGAAGCCCUUCGCCACCCCCCUAGGCUACCGGACCCAAGACAGGACGGUCUCCAAGACUAUGAUCGCCUACUGGACCAACUUUGCCAGAACUGGGGACCCCAACAUAGGACACUCGGCUGUGCCCACGCACUGGGAUCCCUACAGCAUAGAAAAUGGCAACUACCUGGAGAUCACCAAGAAGAUGGACAGCCACUCCAUGAAGCAGCACCUGAGGGCCAGCUACCUGCGCUACUGGACCUUGACCUACGAGGCCCUGCCCACAGUGAGCGGAAAUGGGGCCGCCCCUGCUCCCCCCUCCGGGGACUCUGAGGCCGCCCCUGCUCCCCCCUCUGGGGACUCUGAGGCUGCCCCCGCUCCCCCCAACGGGGACUCUGAGGCCGCCCCUGCUCCCCCCUCCGGGGAUUCGGAGGCCGCCCCUGUCCCCCCCUCUGGGGACUCUGAGGGAGCUCAGAUGCCUGUAGUCAUCGGCUUCUAAUGUCCUCGGCCCUAAGAAGCCGUAGGGUGAGACCCCGGGGGCCACCUCCCCUGCAGAGCUCCUCCGGAAUAAAGCUUCAUCUGUCUG